UAUUCAGUGGUCAAUGCAGGAAGUGACGAGGCUGUGGUUGUACCGAAGCACAGCAGGCGACAUGAAAACACAGAAACCCACCCAGUCCUUGUUUGUUGGUUUCCACCAUCUCUGGAUGCCCUUCAUCUUCACAGUUUUCACGGAGAUCUGACCUGUGGACUUACACAGCUAAUCAUGUCAUGUUAAUACAAAGGAUUUUCUGAUUGUUGUGUUGAAUUUGCCAUCAAAACUACAAGUAAUUCACUGAGUCUUCAGUUGUUCAAAUGUUGGGAGUGCACAAAGACUCUUGUGUUCGCUUUUACAGACAAGAGCAGAACAUUCAGUGUGUUUUGUUCGUGGCUGAGACAUUGUAGAUUUAACAGAAGUAGCUCUGGAAAGUAAAUAAACCUGGUGGACUGUGAGGCAGCUGCUCACUCUGAAUGACUCACCUGCUCUUACUGCUAUUCCUUGGCUAUAGGCAUAGCAGUAAUAAGCAUCAUUAUAUUCGCUCAGCUUUUAUCCAUACUUCCAAGUUCAUAAAGCAUUCAAAAGAAGAUCAAAAUGGAUUUUCAAAAGAUGGGAACUUUAAAAAGAAACACUUCUGCUGAUAUGCCUCAUACUAAACAAAUCUUUAAAAAUUAAAGGAAAUUCUUUUUUAGGUAAACAAUUACACUCACAUUGAACAAGACCUGACACUUUCUCCCUUUCAGAUCCAACAUGGCUGUCUCUGAGCAGAAUCUGGAGGACUACAGUGUUUACAGUCAACUGUCUGAUGAGGAGCUGCUACAGAUUGCUGUCGAGAGAAGCCUCAUCGACAAACACACUCAACCAGGUCAUGAUCAGAGCUCAUCUCCAUCAUUUGCACCUCCCACUCCAGAUGAUGCAACACAAACAAACCCAGACCCCAGCCGAAGAUAUCCUGAUCCAUCCAGACGACGGAACCAGGCCCCUCCACCUCAACCUCCAAAUCAACCACCACCAGCUGUCCAAAACAGUGCAAACCCCCCUACAGCCAUGUCACAAUUUCUCUACCAGGCCUUCAAGAGAGAGUUCAGUCCUAUACUGACGAUAAUUAUCAAUGAGGACGUUGAAACUCUGAUGGAUUUGGUCAGACGAAAGUCCAGCAGCCUGACGGAGCUGAGCGAUGAGGGCUGGAUCGCGCUUCAUGAAGCUGCAUAUUACGGACGGCUGCAGUGUCUCAGGAUCCUCAUUAGAGCUCAACCUGAGUUAGUGAACAAAUGUACUUCAAGGAAUGAGACUGCCCUGCAGCUGGCUGCACAUCGAAGACACUUUUCCUGUGUUGAGUUUCUUCUGAAUCAUGGAGCCAACCCAAACACUGCCAACAAGUACCGAGAAACACCUCUUUUCACAGCCUGUGAGCAUCCAAAUGAAGCCAUCGUGGAGCUGCUGCUGAAGUCUGGAGCUAAGGUGAAUUGCACCAGCACCCAGGGGGGAACUGCUCUUCACGAAGCCUGCAGACAUGGAGAGGUGAAAAUCUGCAGGAUGCUACUGGACGCCAAAGCUGAUCUGAAGACUAAAAACAUCUUCAGCAUUCAACCGUUCUUCACCGCCGCACAGCAUGGGCACCCAGAUGUCCUUCGUCUGCUUGCAAGGAGAGGUGCUGAUAUAAACGUGCAGGCUGGAGAUGGAGCAUCACCGCUAUUUGAAGCCUGUAAGAAUGGUCAUGUUUCAGCUGUAGAGGCACUGCUCUGUCUGAAAGUUGAUACCAACCGAGCUACAAAGGCCGGGCUGCUGCCUCUUCAUGUGGCUGUUCAGAACAAUCACAUAAGAAUCGUGUUGAUGCUGAUCCCAGUCACCAGCAGGAGGGCAAUAAAGUGCAGUGGCAUCAGUCCUUUGCACAUUGCUGCAGAGAAGAACAGGGACGAGAUCAUGGAGCUCCUGAUCGAGAAUGGCUUUGACGUCAACGCUGAGCUGUCAGAGGAAUGCUCCAGAAUGUAUGAGGACCGGCGAACCACAGCACUCUACUUCUCUGUCUACAACGGGAAUCUGGAGGCCGCUGAGAUGCUGCUGGAGGCCGGAGCUAACCCCAACAUCGACAUCUUCAAUCCACUGCUCAUUGCCGUCCGACUGGGCUGGAUGGACAUGGCAGAGCUGCUGCUAAGUUACGGCGCCAACGCCAAUGCUGAGAUCUCCACACAGCCAUCCGCGUUCCCAUCAGCCAUCCUGCUGAACAUGGAGUGUCUGCCCAUGCUCAAACUUCUACUGGACAAUGGCUGCAAUGCUCGGCCCUGCUUCGACUGUCCGUAUGGCCAGAAGACACACCCACCCAUCCCACCAUCACGGCGUCCUGUUGAAGAAUUGCAGUUUGGGGAAAUUUCAGCACCCCAGCAUUGCAUUCAGUUCUGCGAGGCUAUCUCCAUGAAAUCUUUCCACCGGAUAUCCGGUCCGAUCAUCUCGACGCUGCUGGACUACGUCAGUCACGUCCGACUCUGUUCUCGGCUGCUUGAAGUUCUGGAGAAUUGCAGCGAUGGGGUGUUGAUCAAGCUAAAAGCUCUUCCUCCUCAUCCACUGAUGCAGCUCUGCAGGCUGAAGAUCCGACACCUGGUUGGAGUCCAACAGCUCAAACUGCUUCACACUCUGCCGCUUCCUGCCAGACUCAUCCGCUUCCUGAACUAUAAUGUGCAGUGUUCACUCACCUGAAGUCACCUGUUGCUCCUUAGACAACCAGCCUGAUGAAAUACUGCACUGGUAUUUACAAAUGUUGCAGAGAUCUGACAAACAUCCUUCAUUAGCCUUUUCUAUUGAUUAAAGUUAAACUGAUGACUCUGUUAAAUUGUCAUGGUCACUGUGAGAUGA